AUGUCCAACUCUGGAUGGAACGACUAUAAUACAACUUCAUCUGGUUUCUCGUAUGAGCGGGAUGGUACGGACUUCACUCAGACGCUGAAUGCAGCGCCGCCCCUCGACGACACUGACGUACCUGUCAUGCCGAGCGGAUAUCCUCGAUUCUCGCUCAGUCUCGGACACUUUCCCUCUUCCGAGGGCCUUGAGGGAUCUGCUAUCCCGGACGGAUCUGCGCAAUUCUCGCUCAACCUCGCCCCGUUUCCAAGUACUCGCCCGCCUGCUGAUGCCUUCCCUUCAACGUUGCCUACCUCGAACAUGCCAGUGGGAGAGCAAUUCGCUCUGCCUUUCGAACCAUUCCCAGCCGAUACGCGGCCUGAACAGGAAAUCCAGCAGUACCGGUACUUCGGACCCGGCGACAAUUUUGCCUUCCCACAGUCCAUCCCAGCAGAUACUGAUACAUCGCUAUCACCGGGAUUCUUCGCACUGACCGAUACCAAUCCCCACCCCCUGCAUGGACCUGUGCAGUACCAGAUGGGACACCGCGUACCCGACGAAGAAUCACUCGGCCUUCCCAUGGACCAUAAUCGGCUGUGGAUGCCGUCGCAGUACUGGAGAUCUCCUCUGGCGGCCGGCUCGCAACUCUCCGACCGCUCUCCGCUUUCAACACAUGCAGCGCCGUCAGAAUUGACCGAGGAUUCAGCUACCCCAAUGAAACUCCCAAUAGCCCCGUCCCGAAAUCGCCGCAAGUCCUCCGCUAGGACCACGCCGACAAUCACGCCAAAGACGAAACUGGCGCAAAACAAAGAAAGCCGGCAUAGGACGCAAGAGCGACGCGAACGCCUGGAGACGGAGCGCGAGAUUCAAGUGACAAAGUUUCGAGCCCAAGUCAAGCAACAUCAGACCUGGAAAGAUCCUCUCGACUGGCUUGCGCCUGAUCUGGAGGCGGGCUGUUGCUUGACCUUGCGCCCGAAUAGUGUCGGGGAGAAGGAGUCAAGGAAGCGAACAUGGGAUACGAUCGAACCAGCCCAAAUUCUCAAGGUAUACGAUGGAGUUCAAUACGCCACAAUGGCUGAUCGCCCAACAGACACCACCAGCGUAUUGGGCACUGGCGCCCCCUAUACAACUCGCAACGUGGACGAGAGCCUUCCUGAUUGGGCGAAGCACCUGUGGACGGAAAAUCACGUAUGGGCGAAUCCCGCGCUGGAUAAACGCGACAAGUCUUCCGGACGACCCCGGAAGGAUGUGUCGCACCUCACCGCCGCUGAACAAGCCAAAGUGGAAAAGCGGCGCGCCGAUAAUCGUGGCGUCUACGCCAGGGAUGCAGAGAAGCGCAGGAUGGAGGCCACUGAAGCUGAAGAAUGGCGCCAGAAAGCGGUUUCCUGCCAACCUUGGCACGGCACAUGGUUCGAGCCGUUGAGGACCGGUCUCUUGAUGCCAUGGGCCUCCGGCAAGUCGGUCGAAGUGCGGUCGCGUGCAUCGGAUCCCGGGACCGGAUCGACUGGCCGCCUGUUGCCUCGUGAUCUGGAGGUUAACAUCGACGGCGCAGGCUGGCAACGCUUUGAUCAGACAGGAAGGGGUGGUGGCUAUGGGACAGAACCAGGGGCAAUAGGGGCGCAAGUCCCGUUUGGUUUCAGCAUGCCCGACACGGCUCAAGUCGACCCGACGUUGGGCUACCGUGAUCCAUAG